AUGGCAGAGGCCAAUUGCUCUCUGCUACAAGAAAACCAUCUCUUUAAUCCCAAACCGUUGAUUGUCUCUCAGUUCUCUGAUUCUGAUAGAACCCAACUCCUACCGCUCACAACAGAGAGUUUUGUCAUGGAGAGAGGCCCUAGAUAUGAAGCUUAUGCUGAUCUGAGAGAAAAGAAGCUAAGAUCAAAGAAUUUGAUUGAAGUUCAAAAAACCCCAGAAAAAGUAGAAGUGGAAAAGAAUCAAAAUAAAUCUGUUUCGGUUUUGACUCCUCCAAAGAAGCAGGUGAAAUUCCAGGGGAAUUUGAAUUUCACAACACCACCAAGAAGGCCUAAAGAAUCAUCUGUUUUAACCCGAUCGGUGCCUGAUUUUUCAUCCGCCUUACGGAAGGAGAACCGGAAGCCAGUGGCUGCGCUGCCACCAGUAAUGGAGAGGUCAGUGACGCCGCCACCGGCCGGGUGGAAGAAUGGGAAGGUUUAUGGGAAAGUGGGAGGAGGGAGUAAGUCUGUGAAUUCUGGGGAGAAAAAGAGUGAUGGAUUGAUGAGUAGGAAAAGCUAUGCAAACAUGGAUGAGUUGAAGGGAUUGGCUGCUGCUGCAAGGAAUGGUAUUAAUGGAGGAGGAAGGAUUUCUAGAGGUGUUGGGAAGACUGUUUUGGGGUACAGACAAUUCUAA